AUGGCUUUCACCCGCCCCGGGGGGAACGACGGUGGCGCGGCUAUCUUCGACUCUUUGGCCAAACUCUAUGUAGCGGUGGCCAUCACUUGGACCGCUGCUCUCCUUACCGGCUCCGUCUUCCUUAUUGUCAAUCGUCAUGAGCAAUGCAUUCGCAUCCGCAACUUGCGUCUCGUGUUGAGCGCGGUGUUAUGUCUCCAUGUGUUCUGGAUUUUGUGCAUGGUUGCAUAUUCGAUGGGUGGCAAAUAUCCUUGUGCCGCAGAAUACUGGGUCAUGAACAUUUAUUUCCCCUUGGGAAUCGCUCUUUUCCAAGCAAACAGUAUGCAGCUUCUGAACGUCUUUGGCGUUCAGGAGAAGCUGCUUUUGACCGCGCGCCAACCGUACAGACCCCACUUUAUCGAUCCUGCGGAACCGUCUAGGCGGUAUCUAGCUCGAUGGAGACAACUAAACCUCGUACAGCGAACGGAAUUGGGCAUCGCGGUUGGGAUUUCGGUUCAACUACUCGUAUCGCUUUCUAUCUUCCUCACAUCCCGAAAGUUUCAUAGCUUUGGAACCUUCUCCGAACAUGUGAGCGCCGCGGAAUGUCGGCGAGGCCCUGAAUGGAUUCCUUCAAUUCUCUGGCAGUUGCUCUGGUCCUGGGUAUUUGCGCCAUACGUUCUAUGGCGGAUUCGCAACAUCCAUGACAUCCAUCACUGGCGGCUUCAGAUUACUUGCUGUCUUAUCGCCGCGUUCACCCAUGUGGUUCGCAGCGCUAUAUUCGACAACCGAUAUCUGGGCAGUCAUCAACAGAUACUGGGUGCCAGCUCUUUGGUAAUGAAGGCCCAUAAUCAAAUCCAGAUGAACUCAGAUGAUAACCAUCGCAGGUUUGCUCCCGGCAUUGUGGCAAUGGAGGCCGUUACCAUCUUCUUUCCGUGUUAUGAGCUUGUCGUCUCCAGGGGGCAGAGGGAUCGCUUUUUGGGGGAACUCCAAGCAUGGAAUGAAAAGAAAACAGCCAGCGGAGAAGGAUCCGGCUCAGCACCAUCACGAACUCCGAGUGAAGUCAGCCGCGUGCCUGAAAUUUAUUCCCGAGGAGCUCUAGAGAGAUGCUUAGAAGAAAACUCCAGUGCUCUUCUCCGAUUUGCCGCGGCCAAGGAAUUCAGCGGUGAGAAUAUCCUCUUUCUGAAUUACGUGCGCGACUGGAAAGCUGCAUGGGCAAAGAUCGGGGAAUCAAGCCCGGAAUACGAUUGGAACUGCGAUCCUCAGUAUCACCGACUUCAUUUCUUCAAGAUCGCACUUGAGAUCUACGCAUUAUGCGUGGAUAUGAACUUGGCACAAUUUCCUAUCAACGUUGAAUCUCGAAUUUAUUCAGAUUUACUGGAAAUAUUUGGCGAAGCUUGCGCCUACAGGAAUCUUCCCGAAUCUCACAACGCGAUGGCAAUGCACAGAAAGAAGUUGUCAACUGUGAUAACUGUGGAGGAAGACACUCAAGCUCUGUGUUUCGAUUCGUAUCCUCAAGAGGAGCAGAGUAUCAUGCAUAUUGAGUCCCGUGUUCCGAAUUCCGUUGUCGUUCCUACAAAUUUCACAGCCGAUGCAUUUGAGGAGGCCGAGAAGUCUAUCAAGAACCUGGUAUUCACAAAUACCUGGCCCAAGUUUAUUGAUUUUUCAAGCGAUGUAUCGAUUGAUUCUAAGUAA